GCAGUGAUAUGAAGUAUAUGAACACGAUUAAAUAAUUGAACUGUUGCUUGAAAUACGCGUUGUCACUCAUAAUUGUUUGAUAAAUUUGUUUGUUACGGCUACGGUCGUAUAUAUGCAAUAAACAUACUCGAGGUCAUUGAUAAAAAGUGUGUAGGCGACAGUGAGAUAAUAACUACGAAUAAAUAUUAAAUCGACAUUCGCAAAACUUCAUUAGAAGUAUGAAUAUCGUACGUGCCGGUGUCUCUAAAAAUAUUAAAAUCUUCAUGACUCAAUACAGACAAAUGAAUUUGCUCAGAAGUCAAGCUUAUGUCGAUGGACACUGGGUGACUUCGAGAAGUGGAGGCGAGUUCCCGGUGUACAAUCCCGCUGAUGACUCUGUCAUUCAAAAUGUACCGGAUAUGGACGAACACGACGCUGAACGAGCAGUCCAGGUAGCCGCCGACGCAUUCCAGACUUGGAAACAUAUCUCAGCCAAAGAGCGGUCAAAGAUAAUCAGGAAUUGGUUUGAUACUUGUGAGCGACAUGCAAAUGAUUUAGCAGAAAUAAUAACUGCUGAGAGUGGGAAACCCUUAAGUGAAGCAAAAGGUGAAGUUGCCUAUGGUAAUUCAUUUUUGGAUUGGUUUGCUAAUUGUGCUCGCCACCUCAAUGGAGAAGUCAUCCCAAGUCCUUGGCCCAACAAGCAGAUAUUGCUCACAAGACAGCCGAUAGGUGUUGUGUCUGUUAUAACACCAUGGAAUUUCCCUUAUGCCAUGAUUACUAGAAAAGUAGGAGCUUUGAUGGCGGCUGGGUGCACAUGUGUAAUAAAGCCAUCUGAAGACACACCCUUAUCAGCUCUUGCGGCCGUGGAACUGGCUGAGCAAGCUGGUGUGCCAAAAGGAGUUAUCAAUAUUAUCACAUGCAAUAGAAAUAAUACUCCUGCAGUUGGGAAAGUUUUAUGUGAAAACCCUAAUGUUGCUUGCAUUUCUUUCACGGGUUCUACUCAUGUUGGUAAAUUAUUAUAUGGAAUGGCAGCAAAGGGCAUUAAGAGAGUGUCUCUUGAACUGGGCGGGAAUGCUCCAUUUAUUGUAUUUCCCAGUGCUAAUAUUGAGCGAGCUCUGGAUCAUGCAAUGCUAGCGAAGUUUAGAAACAAUGGACAGGCUUGUGUUGGGGCCAAUAGAUUCUUGAUACAUGAAGCUAUAUAUCAUGAGUUUGUUGAAGGGUUUAAAGCUCGAAUUAGAUCUAAGUGUAUAUUGGGACCUGGCACAAAGGAUGGAGUUACUUGUGGCCCUCUUGUUAAUAUGGAGCAAACCAAGAAGGUGGCUGGUUUAGUUGAUGAUGCAGUAAAGAAAGGAGCACAACCAUUAAUUGGUGGCAAGAUUGCUGCUGAGCUUGGUAACAAGUUCUUUGAGUCCACAUUGCUGGUUAAUGUUACACCAGACAUGAAAGUAUUUAAUGAAGAAAUAUUUGGCCCAGUUGCUUCUGUUGUUAAAAUAAGCAGUGAGGAUGAAGCAUUGAAAAUAGCUAACAGCACUAAAAGUGGUCUCGCUGCAUAUGUUUUUACCACAGAUCUUGGACAAGCCUUUAGAAUGUCUAGAGAACUAGAAUUUGGUAUGGUGGCCAUAAAUGAUGGAAUUUUGUCAGCAGCAGAACCAGCAUUUGGAGGUAUCAAAGAAUCCGGUAUUGGAAGGGAGGGCAGCCUCCAUGGUGCUCUAGAGUAUACAGAGAUUAAAUAUACUCUGAUGUCAGGCUUAGAAGAUUGAAUAUGAAGCUAUGAUGAAUUGCAUGGAAAUGUAAAACUAAGUACAUAUCUAGAAUGCCAUAAUCAACUUUUAAUAUGUAAACAUUGUAAACUAAUUGUAGGUUUAGUGAAAAUUGCAUUUAAACAUAGAAUUUAAUGUUAUACCUAUACAUUUUAGAGUUGGAAGCUGUUGGUUGUAUAAGAUGUAAAAAGAUUUUAUAUGUAUUUAUUUAGCUGGUGCCAAA